CGAUUUGAUUGAGUUAAGCGAUACACUGUGAUCAGGUAUAAUCAAUAACGCGGAAAGUGUGUAGUAAUAUCGAUAGAAAAAAUUAGACGAUUGAAGGUUGAUUUUAUUCGAGUUUGAGUUUUUGUUCGAAAGUAUUCAGUUUGUGCAGAAUUUUGUGGAAAAUGACGACAUACACCGAUAAAGGACCAAAACCACUUGGUGGAAAGUUUGUUUGCUUCGAUCAUGUCACAUUUUAUGUGGGCAAUGCAAAGCAAGCAGCAAGCUACUAUACGACACGUCUUGGAUUUGAACCAAUUGCAUACCAAGGGCUUGAGACGGGCAAUCGACAAUUUGCCAAACAUGUUGUGAAACAAAACAAAAUUGUGUUUGUAUUUGUAUCUGCGUAUGACCCAUAUGAUACCAUUAUUGGCAAUCAUUUAGUGAAACAUGGUGAUGGUCCCAAAGAUAUUGCUUUUCAAGUGGAAGAUUUAGAUUAUAUCGUUAAGCGUGCAAAGAAUCAAGGUGCAAUUUUCGUUCGUGACAUUUGGUCGGAGUCAGAUGAAUUUGGUACCGUACGAUUUGCAACGGUUAAAACCUACGGUGACACCACGCACACCUUCGUCGAGCGAACUGGAUACAAAGGUUUAUUUUUGCCCGGAUACCAAAAAUCAACUCACAACGAUCAGUUGUUGAAAAUGUUGCCGCCGAUUAAUUUGAAUUUCAUCGAUCAUUGUGUGGGUAAUCAGCCGGACAAUCAAAUGGAAAUCACGGCCCGAUGGUACGAAAAGGCAUUGGAGUUCCAUCGCUUUUGGUCUGUCGACGACUCACAAAUCCAUACUGAAUAUUCUGCUCUACGUUCAAUUGUGAUGACAAAUUAUGAGGAAACGAUUAAAAUGCCAAUCAAUGAACCGGCCCCCGGCAAGAAAAAGAGUCAAAUUGCUGAAUACGUCGAAUACUAUGGUGGAGCUGGUGUUCAACACAUUGCACUCAAUACAGACGAUAUAAUUACAGCCAUUACCAAUCUGCGGGCGCGUGGCGUUGAAUUUUUAACCAUUCCCGAUGCAUACUAUGAUAUGCUACGCAAAAAUCUAAAGGACAGCAAAGUUCAGGUGAAAGAAGAUUUGAAAAAACUUCAAGAGCUUCAGAUUUUAAUCGACUACGACGAUGACGGAUACUUGUUGCAAAUAUUCACGAAAAAUAUGCAAGAUCGUCCGACCGUAUUCUUGGAGGUCAUUCAACGGAAUAAUCAUCAGGGUUUCGGGGCUGGCAACUUUAAAUCACUCUUCGAAGCUAUCGAAUCGGAACAAGCAAAACGUGGCAAUUUGUAAACAUUCGGCGAUGAACAUGACGACGAUCGACUUUUUUGAAAUAAAAAAACAAUUUUUGUCACAUUACUUUAGGAUCUAGAUUUUUUACGAUCAAGUUUUUUUUUAUUUUAUUUUUUCAUUUGCUGAAUAAAGUCUCUCUAUUGAAAUCACAAA